CAGGAACUCCUCCGGCGCCCCGAACAGCACCCUGAGUGAGUCCCAGGGCAGCGCCAUCCUCAUCUCGUUCAUCUACUCCGUGGUAUGCCUGGUGGGGCUGUGCGGCAACUCCAUGGUCAUCUACGUGAUCCUGCGUUAUGCCAAGAUGAAGACGGCCACCAACAUCUACAUCCUCAACUUGGCCAUCGCGGACGAGCUGCUGAUGCUCAGCGUCCCCUUUCUGGUCACCUCCACCCUUCUGCACCACUGGCCCUUCGGCUCGCUGCUCUGCCGCCUGGUGCUCAGCGUGGAUGCCAUCAACAUGUUCACUAGCAUCUACUGCCUGACUGUCCUCAGUGUGGACCGCUACAUCGCUGUGGUGCACCCCAUCAAAGCUGCUAGGUACCGCCGGCCCACUGUGGCUAAGAUGGUCAAUCUGGGUGUCUGGGUGCUUUCCAUCCUCAUCAUCCUGCCCAUCAUCAUCUUCUCCAACACAGCGGCCAACAGUGAUGGAACAGUGGCUUGCAACAUGCUCAUGCCAGAGCCCACCCAGAGGUGGCUGGUAGUCUUUGUGGUCUACACCUUUCUGAUGGGCUUCCUGUUGCCUGUGGUGGCCAUCUGCCUCUGCUACAUCCUCAUCAUUGCCAAGAUGCGCAUGGUGGCCCUGAAGGCUGGCUGGCAGCAACGCAAACGCUCGGAGCGCAAAAUCACCCUCAUGGUCAUGAUGGUGGUGAUGGUCUUUGUCAUCUGUUGGAUGCCCUUCUACAUUGUGCAGCUGGUCAAUGUCUUCGUAGAGCAGGAUGAUGCCACCAUCAGCCAGCUCUCCGUCAUCUUGGGCUAUGCCAACAGCUGUGCCAACCCCAUCCUUUAUGGCUUUCUCUCGGACAACUUCAAGCGGUCCUUCCAGCGGCUGCUCUGCCUCAGCUGGAUGGACAAUGCUGCAGAGGAACCCAUCGACUACUAUGCCACUGCUCUUAAAAGCAGAGCAUACAGCGUUGAGGACUUUCCCCCAGACAACUUGGAGUCAGGGAGCAUGUACAGGAAUGGCACUUGCACCUCCAGGAUUACCACCCUCUGAGGAAGCAUUUCUGCCCCCCAAUCCCCUGCUGCCCCCCAGCAGGAGGGUGAGCGAGGCCAGGACUGUGGCAUG